UUCCUGCCUGUCGCCGCCGGGACUUCCGCCGUUCGAGUUGUUGUGGUGGGGGGGUGGGGUGAAAAGAGCCCUUCGCCGCCGCCGCUCCUGCCGCCCCCGCUUUGUGCUCCUCAGCUCGCCCGGGGCCCUUGAAGGCGCGGAAGAGUCCUCCUUCCCCUGGAGGUUAAGCCCUGGGGCCUCCAAAGUGUGUUACCCUCCCGUUGAGGCUAGACAUUAAUUUAAAUGGCGACUGAGCUGUCUGAAGCCGACCCCACACAACACCGUAAGGCAGUUCCACUCUUAACAGGAGCUCCCCUGGACAAGUUGAGUGAGACAGUUGAAGACGGAGGAGCCAUGCCGAUCCGCCGGGCAGUAAACGCUUCUUCUCGGGAAACUCCUCCCAAAAGCAAGCCUGCUGAAGCUGAGGAGACCAAGCCAGAACCGGAUGUCAGUUCGGAAGAAUCCGCCUCCACCGUGGAGGAGCAAGAGAAUCAGGCUCCUCCGGCUCCCGCCGCUGACCCAGAGCAGCCGAAGGAGGCUGGGGAGGAGGAGGAGGAAGAGAAGGCCGAUGUGAAGCCCGCCGAGGAAGCCAAGAAGGAGGAGAAGGAUCCGGAGAAGGAGAAGGAGAAAGAGAAGAAAGUGAAGAAGACGAUUCCCGCCUGGGCCACUCUUUCGGCCAGCCAGUUAGCCAGAGCGCAGAAGCAGACGCAGAUGGCAGCUUCUUCGCGGCCCAAGAUGGAUGCCAUUUUGAUCGAAGCCAUCAAAGCGUGCUAUCAGAAAGGCGGGGCGUCCGUGGUCGCCAUCCGAAAGUACAUCAUCAGCAGGUACCCUUCGCUGGACCUGGAGCGGAGGGGGUACCUCCUGAAGCAGGCCUUGAAGAGGGAGCUGGAGCGGGGGCUCAUCCGGCAGGUGAAAGGG